AUGGCCAUUCGAAUCAUCAUGCAAAGGCCACCAUGCACCGCAGCGCAGGCUAAAAUCUGUUGGAAUCUGUCUUUUUCUUCCGAGGUUCAUGGAUUGUUGAUUCGAGCAAUAUAUGACUUGGAAAUCAGGUUCCACGAUCUCAUAAACUUGGACGCGCAGUCGUUGAUGCAGUUCUCUUCAACAGAAGUCAGGCUAGAUGAGGGCUGUAAAAUACACUUGUCAAAACAAUUUUCAGUCAACGAGUUCACUAGCGACGUGGCGUACGCGGUGGCCAUUUCCGUGGCGAUGGAAGACUUGACUUGGUCCUUGACCUGCUGGGUCUGCACGGAGCUCAACGAGGAGCCCGUGCUUGAGUUGCUCUUGGAGCCUCCUAAACCGAGAAAGGACGACAUUGAGUUAAAUUCUAAACUUUGUGAAAUGCACUAA